UUUGACAUUUGACAAUGAGCGAAGAAAGGUAUUUGAUUUUUAUGAUAAAUAAAUAAAAGGAAAUAUAAAAAAAUAAACAUAUAAAAAAAGAAGUUAUAAUUGUGUGUCUGGGGCCGUGAAAGAUUUCUAUGGUGGAAAUUGCGAUCGGAAGCGCUAAGCUAAGCUGGAAAGAAAGAAAGAAAGAAAGAAAGGUGGAGAGUGGGGAGUGAGAGUGGUGCUCCGUGGGUGGCAGUGGUGAGAGUGGAGAAUUGCAAUAUUAAUAUUGGAGCAGAGGGUGAGGGUGAGGGUGAGGGUGAGGGUGAGGGAGUGGAGGGAGGAAACAGAAGAGGAAGAGAGGAGAGGGUGCGCACUUUAGCAUGGAUUCCUCUCCCACUCCCUCGUCUUCUACUAUCGCUUCGUCCCUACGGCAUCCUAACUCCGAUUGACAUUCCAAACCCCAUUUCCCACGCUGGCUGACAUAACCGCAACCCUACCCUUCAAAAUGCUCUGCCUCUGGCUAAUGAGAUUCUCCGGCUUCUUCUCCGCCGCAAUGCUCCUCAUCCUCCUCUCCCCCUCCCUCCAAUCCUUCCACCCCGCCGAAGCCAUCCGCUCCUCCGACCUCCUCCGCCUCCCCCUCCCCCUCUCCUUCCGCCGCGCCGCGCCCUUCCGCAAUGCCCCCAAAUGCGCCUCCCCAAACAACCCCACCGCCACCCUCACCGUCUGCGACCCCUCCCUCGUCCACGUCGCCAUCACUCUCGACGUCGAAUACCUCCGGGGCUCCGUCGCCGCCGUCCACUCCAUCCUCCAGCACUCCCAGUGCCCCGAGAACAUCUUCUUCCACUUCCUCGUCUCCGACGCGGCGCUCGAAUCCCUCGUCAAAUCCACCUUCCCUCAAUUGAACUUCAAGGUCUAUUACUUCGAUCCGGAGAUCGUGCGCGACCUCAUCUCCACCUCCGUCAGACAAGCCCUAGAACAGCCUCUCAACUACGCCAGAAACUACCUCGCCGAUCUCCUCGAGCCCUGCGUCCGCCGCGUCAUCUACCUCGACUCCGAUCUCGUCGUCGUCGACGACAUUGCCAAGCUCUGGACCACCAGCCUCGCCUCCCGAACCAUCGGCGCCCCCGAGUACUGCCACGCCAACUUCACUAAGUAUUUCACGCCGGCGUUCUGGUCCGACGCCCGCUUCGCCAACGCCUUCGCCGGGCGGAGGCCGUGCUACUUCAACACCGGCGUGAUGGUGAUAGAUCUGGUGCGGUGGAGGCGGAACGGGUACAGCAGGAGGAUAGAGAGGUGGAUGGAGAUCCAGAAACACGAUCGGAUCUACGAGCUGGGGUCGCUGCCGCCGUUUCUUUUGGUCUUUGCGGGACACGUGGCGCCCAUUGAGCAUAGGUGGAACCAGCACGGGCUGGGUGGCGAUAACGUCAAGGGCAGUUGCCGUGACCUCCAUGCUGGGCCUGUUAGCCUCUUGCAUUGGUCCGGUAGUGGCAAGCCCUGGACUCGAUUGGACUCCAAACGGCCCUGUCCGCUUGAUACACUUUGGGCCCCUUAUGAUUUGUACGGACACGCUCAGUGACCAGGGUAGUCGCCGUGUUUAUUCGGAGAGGUUCUAGAAAUAUGCUGAGGGACAAGGAAGGCGGGGACAUAGAUGAGGCGAGGCUAAAGACAGGGCAGCUAACCGCAUACCCAAUCUGACUUCACUGCCUUAAUUGAUUAUUUGGCUAAUAGGAUAUCCUAAUUGAAUUAUUUGAUUACAAGAUUUAUUUUUUAUUUUUUAUAUUUCUUGUCUCUUAGCAAUUGCAAUGGCUUCAUCUGCCUGCAUGAAACGAACUUAAUUAUUCUCUGAAAAAACUGGUUGUCACCAACAUUUCGGUGGGUAAAAGUAGUUAAUUCAUGUGGAUGGAAUUGGAA